CAACAAUUUAUGUAUUACCGAGUUCACCAUUACGAACGGAAUCAAUUUUUGCUAAAACAAAAUCCAUUUAUGUUAAUUGUGUUUCCCCGGCGCACUUCUUCGGCGUCAACGCCAUAUUAGCUUCUGACAAGCAGACGAAACUUCCGUACGUAGCCUUCUCCACUUUUCUGGUUUUCCUCUAUGGCGGCUCCUGUAUCUAAUUAAGAGAGCAGACAUUCAGCUGAUUUUAUCUCUGUUCGCAAUACCUCUCUCCCGUAUUUCACCUGCAUCUCGCUGUCGGGCCAGUGACUUGGAAUAUCUGCUGACGUUGAAGCGUGUAGAGGAUAGUGCUGCCAUUGACGCCAGUUACUUAUCGCAAUGGAGAUCCAUAUCGUUCAGGGUUCGUCGAAGAAGGAAGUGUGCACUAUAUCCGGGCUCACCGCCGUUUCUACAAUCGCCGAUGUCAAGAAGAAGAUCUCCUUACAGAAGAAGGGUCUGGCCCCUGAAAGACAAGCCCUUAAGAUUGACCCUAAGUCGAAAGCACUCUCGGAUGGUGUAACUUUGGAGACGGCAGGGAUUAAGGCAGGGCAGCAGCUCUACCUUAAAGAUCUCGGACCUCAGAUAGGAUGGACUACCGUAUUCCUACUCGAAUAUGCAGGACCCUUAGUUCUUUACCUGCUUGCGUACACACGACCAGCUAUACUCUACGGAGCCGAGGCGGCCAGUAUACCGUACGCGGACGUCGUGCACCUUGCGGCAGGCUGCUGGGCGUUCCAUUACGUCAAACGUCUGCUAGAAACGAUGUUUAUUCAUCGCUUCUCUCACGGUACGAUGCCGAUUUUCAACCUGUUUAAAAAUUGCGGAUACUAUUGGGGCUUCGGGUUGUACAUUGCCUACUAUAUAAACCACCCUCUGUAUACUCCACCGGCGUGCAAGCGUCAGAUAUACGCUGCUUUCGUUCUGUUCGCGAUAGCAGAGAUUGGAAACUUUAGCAUUCAUUUGGCUUUACGAAAUCUGCGACCUGCUGGUUCGAAAGAGCGUCGUAUUCCGUUCCCGACUGCCAACCCAUUCACCCAGCUAUUCUCAUUUGUGUCCUGCCCUAAUUACACAUACGAGGUCCUAUCUUGGGUAGCGUUCACAGCUAUGACGAACACCCUGCCGGUUGGUCUAUUCGCAAGUGCCGGUUUUUACCAGAUGACUGUUUGGGCACUCGGUAAACAUCGCAACUACAAGAAGGAGUUUAAGGAUUACCCGAAAAACCGCACGGCAAUCGUUCCAUUCAUCAUAUAAAUGUCACCUUGAUGACGAUGAGGGCACAAAAGGAAAAGCUACUUCUUUUUGGCCGAACAGUUAUACGGUGAUGGAUGAGCGUACAUGCGAUGCUCCUAGCGAGACGGAACUCCCCAAAUCGAUUAUUUUGUGCGAGCAUCAACCGGUGCACAAGUGUGCACCGUGUGGAAUAAAUAGCGCUUGCUUAAUCAUUUUAACGAGCUGAGCCUUUGCAUAGGCUUACCCACAUGGACCUGUGCAGUAACAUUGAAUUUAGAAAAUUAUCUAGGUACGUGUACACACAGAGACGCAAUCAACCUUUUAAACCAACUGAUGAGGAUACUGAGUCCUAGGAACGACGUGCAAACAGCGUUAUAAAUGAACAUGAGUUGGCCAAGGAAAUGAGAGAUAUUUUUGGACAAACAAAGAGGAAAGAGAUGUAUGCAAUACUAGCAAUUCGCAAAAAUAGAGUUAGGAACUUUAUUUUCCUAAUCAUUGUAAUAUUUGGAAGUAGUUCACUUAAAAAUACACUCACGCUUUUCCAUCGCAAUUCCUUCAUCGAACUGUCGUACUUACCCCUGAUGUAACUCUCUGUUCUGGAGAUUUUUCUAUUUUAGUAGUCUAUUUGCCAAAUUAAAACAGUUCAAAUAACAGAGCAGUGAAGUCGUACACAAAAAUUGUAAAAUACACACACUUUGCAUAAGGUUUAAUGGAAUACCGGCACAUAACGUACGCUACGCAAAAUAGACAUCAAAAUGUCUCUGAUAGAUAACUCUGAUAGUUGCUAGCGAGUACUUCUGUAUAUAUACAUCCGGUUUUCUGGAACGCUUUUCCUCGAUGCCUUGUGUUCCCGCUAUUGUGACCACGCCAUCAUGACGACCACGACUCUUGCGGCAUUUUUACUGACCGCUACUCUUGCAUACAUCUCUCUUUCCCUUUGUUUCUCUAGAAAUUUCCUUGGUCAACUCAUAUUCAUUGACUGCACUCCAUGUGAGUAGGCCUAUGCAAAGUUUCAGCCCGGUUCAAUGACUAAGCAACCUCUAUUUAUUCCACACUGUGCGUACUGGUGCCCUGAUUGAUGCUGCGCACAAAACAAUCCGUUUGGGGUUCCGUCUCGCUAGGAGCAUCGCAUGUACGCUCAUCCAUCAUCGUAUAAUAAUUGCUCGGCCAAGGAAUAUAUGGUUAAACGGUACUUGGAAGUGCAAAUUUUAUUAUAGAGAUGAUCAGCUACUCUGAUAGCAAUCUCCUUUUAGAAGUAUUAUAUAUAUUGAUUUUUCCAUAGAAGUUGAUUUUCUACGCGCGUCAGUGGAGAACUUCUAUGAACAAGAUCAUAGUGUGUAAACGCUCACAUUGUGCUAUGGUUUGAGAAAUGAAUCUGCGGAUAGAAUUUGUCGGUGUUUCGGAUUAUUCAAGACAGUCGAUGUGACGACAUUAAUCUGCUCCCUAAUUUUUCGAAAGCUAGCCGACUGUACAUUCCGCCUGAUAACAAUCGGAGUAAUGAACAGACAUUUUUUUCGGAAAGUGAA